AUUCUCAAAAACAAAAAGUGGAGUGAAAAUGAAAUAAAGAUAAACCCGACCCGACAGCGUAAUUCGGACGCAAUUGUGGGCCCCUUCCGGCCGCCAGAACAAAUGCUCAAUUUUCUUUUCUCAUUUAUUUGAAAUAUUUUUUCAGCGUUCACUCAUUCACUGAAUUCAAACUCGUGGAAAAGAAAUGGCCGACCCGGAAUUGGAAGCCAUCAGGCAAAGGAGAAUGCAGGAGCUAAUGGCUCAACGUGGCGCAGGUAGUCAUCAAGGUCCUGAGCAGCAGAAAGCGCAGGAAGAAGCUAAAAGCGAGGCGGAGGAACAAAGACAACUGAUGCUGACACGGAUUUUGACAUCAGAAGCACGGGCAAGACUUGCUCGAAUUGCUCUGGUAAAACCCGAGAAGGCCAGGGGAGUUGAGGAUGUCAUACUGAGAGCUGCCCAAACGGGUCAGAUUGUUGAGAAGGUAUCUGAAGAGAGGCUUAUAUCACUGCUCGAACAGAUCAACACCCAAACAAGUAAAGAAACCAAAGUGACGGUAAGUAGUAGUGGUGUUGAGUUCGCAAGAACUAGCAGUUGAUGAUUCAUCAACUUUGCAUUAUCAUUAGUUUUCGAUUUGUUGAUUUGUGGUCCGUUGCUUCACAGAUUAGAAGGCGCACGAGUGUUCUGGACGAUGAUUAGCUAGCUUUUCUCCAUCUUCCAAGUAUCUUAUGUUACGAUGUGUGAUUCUAUACCAUAUUGGCAUGUUGUAAUUUCCAUCCUAUGUUGUCUGUAGGUUGGAUUUGUUUGACGCAGUGUUAUUCUCCAGAAUUUAGUCAUUUUUAUGGCUGAUUGAGCUUUGAAUAACUUUCAAUCUAUGUUCGUUUAUGACGUAAACAUGUAUUUAUGGCUUUUCAAGAAAAGCAUUUUCUUGUGCUGCUGCAA